GCCGCCGCCGACAUGACCGAUAACAUCCCUCUGCAGCCUGUCAGGCAGAAGAAACGAAUGGAUAGCAAGCACCGCGCCGGGUGUUGUGAUUGCCUGAGAUGCUGUGGUCGAGGAGAUCCCCGGCCCCGAACAGUCUGGCUUGGCCACCCUGAAAAAAGGGACCAGAGGUAUCCUCGAAAUGUGAUCAAUAAUCAGAAGUACAGCCUGUUUACCUUCCUUCCAGGGGUGCUGUUUAAUCAGUUCAAAUACUUUUUCAAUCUUUACUUCUUACUUUUGGCCUGUUCUCAGUUUGUCUCUGAAAUGAGACUCGGAGCACUUUACACAUACUGGGUUCCCCUGGGGUUUGUGCUGGCCGUCACUAUCAUCCGAGAAGCAGUGGAAGAGAUCCGAUGUUACAUGCGGGACAAGGAAGUGAACUCCCAGAUCUAUAGCAAGCUCACAGCGAGAGGCACGGUGAAGGUGAAGAGUUCUGGCAUCCAAGUGGGAGACCUUAUCCUUGUUGAAAAGAACCAACGGGUCCCUGCUGACAUGAUCUUCCUGAGGACAUCAGAAAAAAAUGGGUCUUGCUUCUUGAGGACGGAUCAGUUAGAUGGGGAGACAGACUGGAAACUACGCUUGCCUGUGGCUUGCACGCAAAGACUGCCCACCGCUGCAGAUCUUCUUCAAAUUCGAUCAUAUGUCUAUGCAGAAGAGCCAAAUAUCGACAUCCAUAACUUUGUGGGGACUUUUACAAGGGAAGACAGUGACCCUCCCAUCAAUGAGAGCUUAAGUAUAGAGAAUACACUCUGGGCUGGCACAGUCAUAGCAUCAGGCACAGUUGUGGGUGUGGUCCUUUAUACUGGUCGGGAACUGCGGAGUGUCAUGAAUACUUCCAACCCAAGAAGUAAGAUUGGCCUUUUUGACCUAGAAGUGAACUGUCUCACCAAAAUACUCUUUGGUGCUUUGGUGGUGGUGUCUCUUGUCAUGGUGGCACUGCAGCACUUUGCUGGCCGCUGGUAUCUACAGAUCAUUAGAUUCCUUCUCUUAUUUUCCAACAUCAUUCCUAUAAGUUUACGUGUCAACCUAGACAUGGGGAAAAUUGUAUAUAGCUGGGUGAUUCGAAGGGAUUCCAAAAUUCCUGGCACAGUGGUUCGUUCCAGCACAAUUCCAGAGCAGCUUGGACGGAUCUCCUAUUUACUUACAGACAAAACAGGGACUCUUACCCAGAAUGAGAUGGUCUUUAAACGACUCCACCUUGGAACAGUUGCUUACGGAUUAGAUUCAAUGGAUGAAGUACAGAGUCACAUAUUUAGCAUAUACACCCAGCAAUCUCAAGACCCUCCCACUUUAAAGGGCCCUACGCUCACCACCAAGGUCCGGAAAACCAUGAGCAGCCGCGUUCAUGAGGCCGUGAAAGCAAUCGCCCUCUGCCACAACGUUACGCCAGUCUAUGAAUCGAACGGGGUCACGGAUCAGGCAGAAGCGGAGAAGCACUACGAGGACUCGUGCCGGGUGUACCAGGCAUCUAGCCCGGAUGAGGUGGCCCUGGUCCAGUGGACUGAAAGUGUAGGUUUAACCCUGGUGGGCAGAGAUCAAUCUUCUAUGCAGCUGAGGACCCCUGGUGGCCAGAUUUUGAACUUCACCAUUCUUCAAAUCUUCCCAUUCACCUAUGAAAGCAAGCGCAUGGGGAUCAUAGUAAGGGAUGAGUCAACAGGAGAAAUCACAUUCUACAUGAAGGGAGCAGAUGUUGUCAUGUCUGGUAUUGUACAGUAUAAUGACUGGCUAGAAGAAGAGUGUGGCAACAUGGCCAGAGAAGGCCUAAGAGUUCUUGUGGUUGCCAAGAAAUCUCUGACGGAAGAACAGUAUCAGGACUUUGAGGCACGUUAUGUCCAAGCAAAGCUCAGUGUUCAUGACCGUUCCCUCAAAGUGGCAACUGUGAUUGAGAGCCUGGAAAUGGAGAUGGAACUGCUUUGUCUGACUGGAGUGGAAGACCAGCUGCAGACAGAUGUGCGGCCAACCUUGGAGACCCUGAGGAAUGCAGGCAUCAAGGUUUGGAUGCUGACGGGGGACAAACUGGAGACAGCCACAUGUACGGCCAAGAACGCACAUCUGGUAACCAGGAACCAGGACAUCCAUAUUUUUAGAUUGGUGACUAACCGGGGAGAAGCACAUUUGGAGCUGAAUGCGUUCCGCAGGAAACAUGACUGUGCCCUGGUGAUCUCUGGUGACUCCUUGGAGGUGUGUCUGAAAUACUAUGAGUACGAGUUCAUGGAGCUGGCCUGCCAGUGUCCAGCAGUGGUCUGCUGCCGCUGUGCCCCCACCCAGAAGGCCCAGAUUGUGCGUCUUCUGCAGGAACGGACGGGAAAGCUGACCUGUGCUGUCGGUGAUGGAGGCAAUGAUGUUAGCAUGAUUCAGGAAUCCGAUUGUGGUGUAGGGGUAGAAGGAAAGGAAGGAAAACAAGCAUCUCUUGCUGCAGAUUUUUCCGUCACUCAAUUUAAACAUCUGGGCCGGUUACUUAUGGUUCAUGGAAGGAACAGUUACAAACGCUCAGCCGCCCUCAGUCAAUUUGUUAUCCACAGAAGCCUCUGUAUCAGCACCAUGCAGGCUGUUUUCUCCUCAGUGUUUUACUUUGCCUCUGUACCCCUUUAUCAAGGAUUUCUCAUCAUUGGGUAUUCCACUAUUUAUACCAUGUUUCCUGUAUUCUCUUUGGUCCUGGAUAAAGAUGUCAAGUCUGAAGUUGCCAUGCUGUAUCCAGAACUCUACAAGGACCUUCUUAAGGGACGGCCAUUGUCCUACAAGACCUUCUUAAUAUGGGUUUUGAUAAGUGUCUAUCAGGGUAGCAUCAUUAUGUAUGGAGCUUUACUACUAUUUGAAUCAGAAUUUGUCCACAUUGUUGCAAUCUCCUUCACGUCCUUGAUUCUUACUGAGCUGUUGAUGGUGGCAUUAACGAUUCAGACAUGGCACUGGCUCAUGAUAGUGGCAGAAUUGCUCAGCCUCUCCUGCUACAUCGCCUCCCUGGUCUUCUUACAUGAGUUCAUUGAUGUUUAUUUCAUUGCCACCGUAUCAUUCUUGUGGAAGGUCACGGUCAUCACCUUGGUCAGCUGUCUUCCCCUUUAUGUCCUGAAAUACCUACGAAGGCGAUUUUCUCCUCCAAGUUACUCGAAGCUCACAUCGUAGCCUGCUCAUCUGUUGGCAAGAACCUUUAUUUUGCACAUUAUUGAUGGAAAAAGA